AGAUUGGAAGAAGAUAAAAGAGAAAAGAAAAAAAAGAGAAGAUUUGAGGAUGAAAAUGAUGAGUUAGCAAAGAGAGAUAAACACUUACAAGUUACAAGUAUUGUGUAGUUGUUAGCUUUGUGAUGUUUCUCUCUCUUGAUUUUUUCUCUCUCUAGGGUUCCAAGUUUUGAACUUGAGAACUCUGUCUUGUUUUUCACAAAUUUGGCUGCACUUGGGUACUGACCCAGAAAAGAAGGUUCAACAGGUACCUAAGAGAAGGAAGGGGUGGAAAAAAAUAGAAACUGUACGUAUGAAAGAAGAAAUAAAGAGAUAAAUAAGAAAAGGGUAAAUUUUGAAUAAGAGUGAGGAAUAGAAUAACACAAUAAUAGUAUUAAUAUUGAUAAGAAUCAAGUGGGAAAAUAUGGGGAGGGGAAGAGUGGAACUCAAAAGGAUAGAGAACAAGAUAAACAGGCAGGUAACGUUUGCAAAGAGGAGAAAUGGCCUUCUCAAGAAAGCCUAUGAGCUUUCUGUUCUCUGUGAUGCUGAGGUUGCCCUUAUCAUCUUUUCCACCCGUGGCAAGCUUUAUGAAUUUUGCAGCAGUUCAAGCAUGCUCAAAACACUUGAAAGGUACCAAAAGUGCAGCUAUGGUGCAGUUGAAGUCAGCAAACCUGCCAAAGAGCUUGAGCAGAGCAGCUAUCGUGAGUACUUGAAGCUCAAAGGAAGAUUUGAAUCUCUUCAGAGGACCCAAAGAAACCUUCUAGGUGAAGACUUGGGCCCAUUAAAUACCAAAGAACUUGAGCAGCUUGAGAGGCAGCUAGAUUCAUCUCUCAAGCAAGUGAGGUCGACAAAGACUCAAUUCAUGCUGGACCAGUUAGCUGAUCUUCAAAAUAAGGAGCAGAUGUUGGUAGAAGCAAACAGAGCUUUGACCAUGAAGCUGGAUGAAAUCAAUUCAAGAAACCAGUAUAGGCAAACAUGGGAAGCUGGCGAUCAAAGUAUGCCGUAUGGUACUCAGAAUGCUCAUUCUCAAGGCUUCUUCCAGCCCUUGGAGUGCAACCCUACAUUGCAGAUAGGUUCUGACUACAGGUACAACCCUGAAGCCUCAGAUCAGCUAACUGCCACAACUCAAGCUCAACAAGUUCAACAAGUGAACGGUUUUAUUCCUGGAUGGAUGCUUUGAACUGAGCUAAGUAUUUAGCUGGCUACAUAAAUAAAAUUAGCAGACACCUAAGGCCAAAGUCAAAAUGCCUCUUGGUGUUGGAAAUGUGUAAAUGCUGCUUGUGCUUCUGUUAUUUAUUUUGGCAUAAAAACAGCAGUGACUGACUUAAAACUAUUAAAACUUUAGCCAUUGACUUUUGGCUUGUAAGAAGAUUACAGUAUGUUGAAUAUCUUUGAAGGACUAGUGUUAUCUGACUGAAUGACCAGUUUAAUGUCAUUUUUCUUUUGCAA